AUUGUUCAUGUCACGUUUUUUUUUGUAGUGAAAGUGGAUAGAAAUCCAUCAGUAAUACUUGCUGCGCCUCCCGAAUUCUCGUUGGCUACUGAAGAUCAACGGGUAUCACCGACACCAGUCGUUGAACGCGCACCCACACCGAUACCAGUUGCUGAAAUACAAGAAUCGGACAACGACAACGACAUCAGCGAGGGCUAGUGCUUUUAGCAGUGAAUUGCAAAACUUUUAA